CAUUCGCUUCAGCCGGGAAAACAAAGGGAAUUUAAACGAGGUCAUUUCUAAAGGAUUGCGGAUUUAAAGGCAUGGAAGAUGAUGACACUCAAAGUGGGGGUUAUGAUGAAUUCAGUCUUGUCAAAGGAAAGAGUCAUCUCACUAUUACUAUAUCUGGUGCAAUAGCUAUAGCAUGGGUACCUAGUGGCGAAGAAUCAGUUAUUCUGAUACCAAAGAUACUUUUUGGAGGAAAAACUGAUGUAAGAGGAGGAGUUCCAAUUGAAUUGCCAAAUUUAGCACCUUACGAUAGUGGUCCCUUUCAAAAAUGGGUGAUGAAAAUACAUUCGUGGGAAGUAAAAGAAGGCUUUCAUCCAAAUUCUGAUUCAAUUACUCUUAUUCAGCGGGAAAAUGAGGAAAUUAGAAAUACGUGGAAUUACAAAUUCAAGAUAGAGCUCACAAUUAUGUUAUUAAACGAAACACAGCUCAAACUAGAUGCUGUGAUAACAAAUACAGGAAGUGAAAAGUUCUCAUUUUCAUGCUCAUUUUAUUCAUAUUUUAUUGUCUCAGAUGUCUUAGAUGAUAAAAUUUCUGGUUUAAAUGGUUGCACAUACAUUCAUAAGGAGGAAGGUGGUAACGAUCUGGAAAAGACCAGGGAGCAGUGUCUGGAAACCAAUAAAAAGAUAAAACUUUCUGAGCUUUCUCAUAGAAUUUAUAUAAACACACCCUCCGGUCAAAAGAUUGAAAAACUCCCAUCAAAUCGUACUGUUAAACUAGAAAAAUUUAACCUUCCUGAUAUAGUUUUGUAUAACCCUUAUGGAGAAGGAUUAAGUGGACUUGAUGGAGAUGAGAUUGAAACAGGCUAUAAUGAUUGUGAAAAGGAGAAUACAAUUUGCAUUGAAGCAGGAACUGUUGAUGGAUCAGUUGCCUUAGAACCAAACAAAUCUUAUGCUGCACAUUUAAUACUAACUGUUGAAUGAGUGUGAUAUUUUAUGUUUCAUUUUUUAUCUGUCAUAUCAUUAUCUCAUCAUGUUUUUUUUAUU